UACUUGUGGUAUAAUUAAAGAAACAAAUUCUUGCGCUCUCAUGCUACACGCUUGCUCUCUGUAGAUGAGGCCUCGACGGGGAGUUUUAUCCCUUGCUAAUGAGCAGAGCAGUUUUUCCCGCGGUAGCGGUGAAUCGUUCCACAUUGAGAACAACGCAUUGAAAAAUAGGUCACUUUAUCUAACCGGUGUUUUGGGAUUAUAUUGAAAAUAAAUCGGUAUAAUUGGUAAUCAUAUGAUUUAACUUUUGCACAGACACUGCAGUUAUAUUUUCUUCGGAAUGUUUUGAUUUUUUAAAAAAAAAUCUGAAAAACUAUCAUAUCUACAUAUAUCCUUACGCGACAUGCUUUCUGUGUUUGUAAACAACGCAAGUUUGCUGGAAAGAAUCGAAGGUUGAGGAAUCUAAAACAGAAGAAGUUAAACCGACUGAAAAGAGAUGCUGACGCUAGCAAAGCUAAGAGUUUCAAGAGGGAAUAAGCCUUAUUCCCUGCCACUCAAAGUCAAAGUUUGUGGACGUAGUGGAGUGACUAGUUAUCAAGUUGAUGGUGGAGAGAAAAAAGAGUACAGAGUUUUGGGAGUUGCAGACAGAACCUUGGCAAUGAAAGCCAUACUCUAUGACAUGACAAAAGAGAACAUGGUGGAGGAAGGAAACUCUGUAAUUCUUAUGAAUUAUAUCUACAAGACGGAACCAGAAUCAAUAAUAUUAACAAAAAAUUCCAAAGUCAUGAAGACAUCCAACAUUGAUGUUGGAGAAGAGCUGCUGGAUAGGGGAAGAUUCAUUGCCAACCCUCCACCAGCAGAGACCAUUACAAUUAAUAAAGUGAAGAGCAGUCCAGUGAAAACCCUGGUUUCCAUUCAGGGUCGAGUUGUUUCGGAAGAGAUGACUAGAACUGUAAAAGUUAAAGGAAAUGAUGUCCAAGUAAAAUCAGUCACCAUUAAGGAUGAAACUGACUCUGUGAAAGUUUCCUUAUGGAGACACCUCUCAGAUUCAGCUGGAGUUGGUAAAUUUUUGAGCUUUACGGACCUAGUGGUUACGAGUUACAAUGACGAAGUUUCUGUUUCAAGCACAUCAAAGACAACCAUUAAGGAAAAAGAACAACCAACAACAGUUGUGCGGGGAUCCAUCAUUGCAUUUGAACCAAAUGACGUAAGUCUAGACCUGCUCGUGUCUGUUGGUGAAGAUUUUCCGACAUACACCGUUUCAGCCGAAAUCCUAGUCAAAUUAUUUGGCUGUACCCUAGAGAAUUUGACAGAAACAUUACAAUCAAAACUUCCUCUCCCUUGCAUGAUGCAAGUUAAAAACACAACAAUUGAAGAAAUCACACACUAAAUUUGAGUAAAAACAAUUGAAGACAAGGUGUUCAUUAGCAUAAUGACAUAAACUUUUUGUAUCAUGAUAUGGUAAUUUAUAAUUGUAUUUAAAGAAAAAUUAACCAGUAUUUCUUCAGAUUGUUCAAGUAUGUAUUUUCCAUUUGGCAUUUUAUUUCGUAUGUCUUAUUUUUGAGGUGAAAGUGUAUUUUCUAGGGGUUUGAAAUUAUCUGGAUUUUAUUUUUUCAUGUUCACUAUCUCAAAGCUUCUGUGUCUUAACUCUGUUGUUGUGUGUAGAGGAAUGAUAUAACAAACAUCUGUAUUGAGACCUCUGUAUUGAGAAGAUGUAUUUUUCUGAAGCAUUACAAGUGUGAAAAAAAGAAAACAUGGUAUAUGUUUCUACUUAUAUAAAUACAUGUACAAGUAAAAUUGUAUGCUCUGUAUUUCAAAUCCAACUUCAUAGAACACAUGUGAUUGAUUGUAUUUACAUGUACAUGCAUUUUUUAAAAUACAGAUUUAGGUUUAAAAGGAACAAUUUUGAAAGUCGCAGAGAAUAAAAUGUGGCAAGAUUUUCAUUUUUAUUAUAAGUUUGCUAUGUUAGUGUAAAUAUUACUAUCAUAAUUACACUAAUCUAAACUUUGUGUAUUUUUUAGCCAAAGGAUAUGCAUGUAUUUAGUAUAUUACUUCCUCUCCUUUAAUGGAUGAUAAAUUUUGUUGUUGUUAGAUUAAUUACAUGGAAUCAAUAGUUGCAUCUUAUCGCAUGUAGUCACUGUGUAUAACUAAUGAUAUGUUGUUUUAGACAAUUGUUUGAUUACUAUUGCGCUAUAAAUGUAUGACACAAAAUAUUUUGUAAGAAAUAAGUCAAUCAGGUACUGCAUAAAGAUAUCAUCUUUCUUUUUUUUGCCUUCAUUGAAUGUUUUGUAGAAAGUAUAUUUUAAAAUUAAAAUUUCAUUAACUGUUAAGAUUUAAUAUCUUUAGGUCACAUUGCACUGGAUGCACAAGAUGUUCUCUUAAUUUUUAGAGUAAAUUUCAAGUUUUCAGAGAUAUUGUUUUAAGGUCAUCACAUCUGGUUUAAAAGAUGAGUCUUUGCAAUAUGAUUAUCUUGAAACUUUUUUCUAAGGGUAGAUAAAUAUUUGUUUAUUUGAAAACUUUUUUCUCAGGGUUGCAAAAUAUUUGUUCUCAGGUUUACCAUAUUGUAUUCAACAAUUAAUUUUUAAAUUUGUAUUUCUUGCAAAUUUCUUUGUCAAUAUUUGUUUGUUUUUGUUUUAAUUAAAGUAUGAUAAGUGAUAAUGAAGUACUUAAAAAAAAGUAAAUGCAACAUCUGAAGUUGCAGUAAAUUACAUAUGGCAAGAUUUUCAGGUUCUUCUUAUUCAGUUUUGGUACAAUAGUGUAAAUAUAACUUUCAUGAGGACAGUGUCCCAAAAUUAGCAUAGAUUUUUAGUCAUAGUUUACUUGAGUAAUUAGUAUACUAGUUCCUAUCCUGAAAUUGAUGAUAUGUAUUGUUGUUGUUAGAUUAAUUACAUUGGACUAAGAGUUACAUCUUACUGGAUGUAGUCAAUAUAUGUAGUCAUUGAUGAAGGCAAUUGUUUAAUUGCUAAAAAAAAUUGCUUAGGAUUACCAUAUUGUGUUCGUCAAUAAAUUUUCAUAUUACUUGAAAAUUUCUUUGUUAAUUAAUAUUUGUUUUGUGCAAAUUAAUGUUAAGUGAUUUUACAUUUUUAAGAAAAAGCUUUUUGUAAUUUUUUAAAUGUCUUCAUAAUUGUACAUUGCUGAAACAUUGCUACGUGUAUGAAAUAAGACACCUGUUAAGGAGAAAAAUUGAAAAAAAAAAAUAUAAGAAACUACUAUGGGAAAAUGUGCACUAGUAGUACUCAUUAUUACAUGUUUGUUUUACUAUCAUUUUUAGCUCACCUGAGCCGAAGGCUCAAGUGAGCUUUUCUGAUCACAUUUUGUCCGUCGUCCGUCCGUCCGUCUGUCUGUCCGUCCGUCUGUCCGUCUGUCUGUCCGUCUGUAAACUUUUCACAUUUUCGACUUCUUCUCAAGAACCACUGGGCCAAUUUUAACCAAACUUGGUACAAAGCAUCCUUUGGUAAAGGGAAAUUUAAGUUGUUAAAAUCAAGAGCCAAGUUCCCUUCCAAGGGGAGAUAAUCAAGAAAAUCCAAAAAUAGGGUGGGGUCAUUAAAAAAUCUUCUUCUCAAGAACCACUGGGCCAGAAAAGCUGAAACUUAUGUGGAAGCAUCUUGGGAUAGUGUAGAUUCUAAAUUGUUCAAAUCAUGACCCCCGGGGGAAGGGCGGGGCCACAAUGGGGAAUCAAAGUUUAAUAUAGAAAUAUAUAGGAAAAAUCUUUGAAAAUCUUCUUCUCAAGAACCACUGGACCAGAAAAGCUGAAACUUAUAUGGAAGCAUCCUGGUAUAGUGUAAUAUCUAAAUUGUUCAAAUCAUGACCCCCGGGGGAAGGGCGGGGCCACAAUGGGGAAUCAAAGUUUUACAUAGAAAUAUAUAGGAAAAAUCUUUGAAAAUCUUCUUCUCAAGAACCACUGGGCCAGGAAAGCUGAAACUUAUGUGGAAGCAUCCUGGUAUAAUGUAGAUUCUAAAUUGUUCAAAUAAUGACCCCCGGGGGAAGGGUGGGGCCACAAUGGGGAAUCAAAGUUUUAUAUAGAAAUAUAUAGGAAAAAUCUUUGAAAAUCUUCUUCUCAAGAACCACUGGGCCAGAAAAGCUGAAACUUAUCUGGAAGCAUCCUGGAAUAGUGUAAAUUCUAAAUUGCUCAAAUCAUGACCCCCGGGAGAAGGGCGGGGCCACAAUGGGGAAUCAAAGUUUAAUAUAGAAAUAUAUAGGAAAAAUCUUUGAAAAUCUUCUUCUCAAGAACCACUGGGCCAGAAAAGCUGAAAUUUAUGUGGAAGCAUCCUGGUAUAAUGUAGAUUCUAAAUUGUUCAAAUAAUGACCCCCGGGGGAAGGGUGGGGCCACAAUGGGGAAUCAAAGUUUUACAUAGAAAUAUAUAGGAAAAAUCUUUGAAAAUCUUCUUCUCAAGAACCACUGGGCCAGAAAAGCUGAAACUUAUAUGGAAGCAUCCUGGUAUAGUGUAAAUUCUAAAUUGUUCAAAUCAUGACCCCCGGGGGAAGGGUGGGGCCACAAUGGGGAAUCAAAGUUUUACAUAGAAAUAUAUAGGAAAAAUCUUUGAAAAUCUUCUUCUCAAGAACCACUGGGCCAGAAAAGCUGAAACUUAAGUGGAAGCAUCCUGGUAUAAUGUAGAUUCUAAAUUGUUCAAAUAAUGACCCCCGGGGGAAGGGUGGGGCCACAAUAGGGAAUCAAAGUUUUAUAUAGAAAUAUAUAGGAAAAAUCUUUGAAAAUCUUCUUCUCAAGAACCACUGGGCCAGAAAAGCUGAAACUUAUGUGGAAGCAUCCUGGUAUAGUGUAAAUUCUAAAUUGUUCAAAUCAUGACCCCCGGGGGAAGGGUGGGGCCACAAUGGGGAAUCAAAGUUUUAUAUAGAAAUAUGUAGGAAAAAUCUUUGAAAAUUUUCUUCUCAAGAACCACUGGGCCAGAAAAAGUGAAGCUUAUGUGGAAGCAUUCUGGGGUAGUAUUAAUUCUAAAUUGUAGGAAUCAUGACCCCCGGGGUAAGGGCGGGGCCAUUAUAGGGAAUCAAAGUUUUACAUAGAAAUAUAUAGGAAAAAUCUUUGAAAAUCUUCUUCUCAGGAACCACUGGGCCACAAAAGCUGAAACAUAUGUGCCCAUGGAAGGAUCAUGGGGUAGUGUAGAUUUCAAAAUGUCUAAAUUAUGAUCAGUGGGGUAGGGUGGGGAUGCAUUAUGUAUAACAAGGGUGAAAUCUGGUAAGAACAGAAUGGUCAAAGCUUCUAAGGUGAGCGAUGUGGCCCAUGGGCCUC